AUGGUUGGUUCACAUUAUUUUCACAUUAAUUUCACAUAUUACUCAAAUUAAGCGCAAUCCAUCAACAUGUCCCUUUAUUCCUUCAUCCCCCUUUUCCUACUCUUAAAUUUCUCUCUCUCCCCACCACAAAAACAAUAAGAGAUUGUAGAUUUUUUCAGGUGAUUGAUCAUGUCCCGCCCAAUGAGGCUACGAUCAUUAUCAGAUGGUGAUGGAUCAUCAUUGCUUUACAAUCGCAUAGAGUUUAAGAGGCCUAAAUUCCAGUACUCUGGCUGGGUUUUUCAUUUGGGUACUAAUAAAAUUGGCCACGAGUUUUGCCAUCCUCGCUUUUUGUUUAUAAGGGGCAAGUAUGUCGAAAUGUAUAAGCGUGAUCCUGAUGAAAAUCCCGGCAUUAGACCAAUAAGAAGGGGUGUUGUGGGACAUACUCUUAUGGUGGAAGAGCUUGGAUGCCGAAAGGUUAAUUGUGGCGAUGUGUAUGUUCUCAGAUUCUAUAACCGAUUGGAUGAAUCAAAGAAGGGAGAAGAAUCAGAAUUUUUGAAGAUGUUGUUGAAUCCAAGGGCAAUAGAGGCAUUCUUGUGAAGUCUGUUGGAAUAAUUGAUGCUGAUGUAGAUACUGUUUUUGAGGUUCUUAUGAGCCUUGAGCCCUCUCAGAGAUACGAGUGGGAUAUGUUGACAAGUGACUUGGAGCUUGUUGAGUCCAUAGAUAAGCAUUUUGACGUUGUAUAUGGUACAUAUGAUCCAAAAUACUUUACUUGGUGGAGUUCAAAAAGGGACUUUGUGUUCUCGAGAAAAUGGUUCCAUGGACAAAACGGAACAUCAAUUUUACAAAUCCCGGCAGUUCAUAAGAAGUGUCCUACUAGAUCUGGCUAUCAAAGAACAAAGAUAAAUCCUUCCACUUGGGAGAUUAAAAGUUUGGACACAGAAGACGCUGCAACAGAACUUUCAAGGUGUCUUGUGACACAUAUGUUAGAGAUACAAUCUGAAAGCUGGGGUUCAUGGAAAAAAAGUCGUUCUUCAAAGUUUGAAAAGUCUAUUCCUUAUGCUUUGUUGUGCCAGGUUGCUGGACUCAAGGAAUAUAUUGGAGCAAAUCCAGUACUUAAAAAUAACUCUGUUACAACAGUUUUAACUUCACAAUCAUCUGAAGAUGCAGUAGCAGAAGAGUUUUAUGAUGCAAUUUGUGCAGAAUCAUCUGAAGAUGAUGAUAGUGAUGAUAAUAUUGAUGUCGACAACAAGGACAAUCUGUCGCGGGAGAAUGAUUUAUCGGGCAGCCCAAUCUUAGAGACGAUUUCAGCAGCUCAAAAUGCGAGCAGCGUAUUGGAUUCAUCCACAUCUCCAAUCCCAAUUGAUCCAAGCCAGUUUUGUGGUUCAUUGCAUGAUGGAAAAGAUGAUGAUGACAUAAAUUGCUGGACAAAUCCUGGUGGCUCUGGAUUUAUGAUUCGAGGAAGUACAUACUUGAAAGACUAUGCUAAAGUAAGAGCUGGAGACCCCCUUUUAAAGCUUUUAGCUGUUGAUUGGCUCAAGGCUGACCAGAGCAUAGACAAGGUUGCCUUGCGCCCAUCAUGUGUUGUCCAGUCAGAAGCGGGAAAAAAGCUCCCAUUCAUUCUCAUUUUUAAUCUUCAGAUCCCUGCCAAACCAAAUUACAAUUUGGUUUUAUAUUAUGCUGCUGACAGACCUGUAAAUAAAAGUUCAUUAUUGGGCCAAUUUAUUGAUGGGACUGACACAUUCCGGGAUUCUAAGUUCAAGCUCAUACCAAGCAUCGUAAAGGGCUAUUGGAUGGUCAAACGUGCAGUUGGAACAAAAGCCUGUCUUUUGGGAAAAUCUGUGACCUGCAGAUACCUGAGGCAAGACAAUUUUCUGGAGAUUGAUGUGGACAUUGGUUCCUCUUCUGUUGCAAGAAGUGUUAUUGGUCUUGUCCUUGGAUAUGUUACAAGCUUAGUAGUUGAUCUCGCCGUCUUGAUAGAGGCAAAUGAGGAGACUGAGCUUCCAGAGCACCUUCUAGGGGUUGUACGAUUAAGUUGUCUACGACUUGACUCAGCUGUAGAGGCUUGAAGUCUAUUCAAAACCGAAUGUUAAUUCAGAUUUCAGAUAAAAUUGAUCUUCAUUCAAACUUUAAUGUACUCUUCACUCAUUUUUAUCCCAAUUGUCUCCUGCAAUUUAGUAGCUUGAAUUUCCCUUAAUGUAAUGAUUUAUAUCGUUUUGCCUACUCGUCUGAUCUCAUGUGGUCUCAUCUCUUGAGUUAUGAUAGGAACUCUGCACCGUGUUGAGACAGCAGGCAUAUUCCGCUUUGUGUAUCUUCUAUGAAUUGAAAUUGUUAUAGAAAUGUGAAAGUGAUAGCCCGCUUCUCACUCCUCCUCUGUUUUACUUUAUUCCUUUAGGCUUUAGGCUUUAGGCUUUAGCUUUAGUAUUUGGGGUUGUGUGAUUUACUUUGGUAUGUUUGGUUGAUGUAUAUGGAAUCUAAUGCUAUGCUAAAGUUGGGCGAUUCUCUUUUAUUCGAUCUGUAUCCGAUUGUGUGAUUUACCUUAACUUUCCGUUAAAGACUAAGAGGAGUCUUUUCAGCUAAAGACUAUAAUCAUGAUAUGAAUAUUCAUGUAGCCUAGUAGGAGUACUUAUCUUUACU